AGGAGGGAGAGGAGGGGCGGCGGCGGCCGGCGGCCGGAAUCGUUUCCUGGGUAAGGCUGGGAAGCGUUUCCGGCAGGCUGGCUGCAUCCCGCUGCGGGCUUCGGGCGCCCCGAGAGCGGAGCGGUGUGCAGCAAUUGCUUUGGUCAGCGAGGAAGGUGAAAUCCAGCAGCUUGUUGGCCACUCAAGCAGCUGCACUGGUCUGGAGGCCUGCUCCUGGCACUCUGCGCUGAACUGGGGCUCUUCAUGUUGAAAUGAAGAGAUUUACAUGAAAACGGGAAAGAGGCGGAAAGUUUAACGGAGGAGUGUGUGAGAUCCUUCAGUCCCUGCUUGAAAGACAAUUUAAGGCAAUUCCCAGUCUGAUAACAGGAAUGCAGCAUAUCCUGCGUGUCUGUGCAGAGAGAACUGGAGGAUAGUACCUGUUACUGCUUCCGUACUGCUAUUGUUUCACUCAUCACUGUACAGCUUUCCUCAUUUCUUCAUUGUGACCUGAGAGGGUGCUGGUGCCAAGGUACCAAGAACUUGGUGUUCCAGUACAGACUUUCCACUGCUGAGCGUUUCGAUCUGCGCUGGGAGCAGCUGACAGCGCGCGGGGAUGUGCUGACGGCAUUAUGGGCAGGCGCUACCCAGGGGCUCACUAUCGGCCAAGCAGCUCAUAUUUCAAAUUAUAAUCUAUUUCCUGAUGCAUUGCUGACGCCCCGUGAGCCAUGUCAGAAGUACUUCCAGUCGAUUCCAGUGUGGACGCACUGGCGGUGUUUAUGGCAAGCGGCAGCACAACGGACGUGGUGAAUCGCAACGGCCCCGCCACGCCACCCAACACCCUCAGCCUGCGCUCCUCUCACAAUGAGCUGCUGAACGCUGAGAUCCGGCACACCGAGACCAAGAACAGCACUCCUCCGAAAUGCAGGAAGAAGUACGCGCUGACUAACAUUCAGACAGCCAUGGGCCUCUCAGACCCAGCAGCACAGCCCCUUCUGGGGAGCAGCUCUGCCAAUAUGAAGCUGGUGAAGAAUGGAGAAAACCAGCUGAGGAAAGCUGCCGAGCAGGGCCAGCAGGAUCCCAACAAGAACCUCAGCACCAUGGCCGGCAUCAGUGUGACUUCUGAGAAGUUUGAAGGCAAAGAGCCAAACCCACAGGACUCCUCCAGCUGUGAAAUACUGCCCUCACAGCCCAGGAGGACCAAGAGCUUCCUUAAUUACUAUGCAGACCUGGAGACGUCUGCCAGAGAGCUGGAGCAGAGCUUUGCUGCAAUGGAAGAUAAAUCUGCACACAGCAAUGGCCAGGCUUCUACCAUUAUUGUCAAUGGGGAAGUCCUGUCCCGGAAGCAAAACAAGCAGUCAAGCCCAGAGGAUGGCCAAGCUGCCACAGUGUCCUCGAGCCCUGAGACUAAGAAGGACCACCCCAAAACAGGGGCCAAAACAGACUGCGCGCUGCACAGGAUUCAGAACCUGGCUCCGAGUGAUGAGGACUCCAGCUGGACUACACUGUCCCAGGACAGCGCUUCGCCGAGCUCGCCUGACGAAACAGCAGAUAUAUGGAGUGAUCAAUCAUUUCAGACAGACCCAGACCUACCACCUGGAUGGAAAAAAAUCAAUGACAUUGCUGGAAUCUACUACUGGCACAUACCUACGGGAACAACUCAAUGGCAACGUCCUGUGUCUGUUCCAACAGAUCUUCAGGGCUCACGGAAAGGAUCGCUUGGUUCCAUUACUCCGUCACCUACUCCAGAAACUGAGAAACAGCCAUGGAGUGAUUUUGCUGUACUGAAUGGGGGAAAGAUUAAUAGUGACAUUUGGAAGGACCUGCAUGCAGCCACUGUGAACCCAGACCCAAGUCUGAAAGAGUUUGAAGGAGCAACAUUGCGCUAUGCCUCCUUGAAGCUCAGAAAUGCUCCACAGUCUGAUGAUGAUGAUUCUUGUAGCAUCAACAGCGAUCCAGAAGCCAAGGUCUGUAAGAAAAUACACUAUGAGGUAACAAUUAAAAAUUUGCAAUUGUGAACAUAACUUGCAAGCUGCAGAA